AUGGGCGGUGUUGAAAUAGAUAGAAAUUAAGAUCCUUCAACUUAUCAAACUAACUCUUUAAUGUCAACAGUUUUCUCGCUGUUGAAUUCUAUGAUAGGUGGCACAAUGCUUUUCCUUCCCUUGUAUUUUAAUCAAACUGGAAUUAUUACCUCGAUAGUAAUCAUGAUAAUUAUGGGUAUAGUUUCAAUGAAAGGAUGCGAUAUAUAUGUGUAACAUUUAAAGAAGGAUGAAUUCGAUAUUCAAGAAACUCUACAUCGUAUUAUGGGUAACAGAUGGAAAAUGUUUUUCAUCAUAAUAUCUACUAUUUAUAUGAUAUUAGUCACCUUACUUUACUACUCCUUUUCAAUUGAAAUGGUUUAUAGCUUAAUCACUUUUGUUAUGACUCACUCUGGAAGCAAAAACUACGCAGACAAGGCAGAUGUCUCUUAUAGCCAAUUUUCUAUUUAAUACACUGUUUUAGCUACUAUACCUAUCUUUUUAGGACUUCUUUUCUUGAAAAAAUUGGGUUUUAUGAUAAAAAUAGCUGAAUUAGGUGUUUAUGCUAUCUACUCUUAUGUUAUUUUUAUUUUCUAUACAUUCAUAAGCAAUCUUACUUCAGGCACUUUGUAAGAUAAUAUAAGUGAUGUUAAGCUCUGGUCAUUUGAUGUUGGAACACUAGCUAGUACUGCAUCUCUUGCAUAUUAAAUUCACACUAAUGCUUGUCCUAUGGUUAAAUGCAAUAAGGAUUAAUCAAAAAAUCGUCUAGCUGUCAAGAUUACUUAUGCUAUGGGUAUUACUAUUUAUCUUAUUAUUGGACUCAUUGGUGGACUUGGAGUUCUAGGACGUGUAAGUUCACGUAAGGAUGGAAAGGCUCAUAACAUAAAUGACUAUUUUGCUGAUGAUGCAUGGUAACCUUUGAUAGUAGAACUUCUCUAUUUAAUUCACUUAGUGAGUAUGUAUCCUAUCCUUGCCAAUAUUUGUAGAGUUCGUGUCUUUGAAAUUGUCUUUAAAAAAAAUGGUGGUGUCCCUCCUUAAUGGGUAUUUGUUAGUGUAAACAUUUUCUUUAUUAUGGUAUGCUCAGGUGUUAAGCUUAUUGGAGUUUCACCCAAUACCUUAGUUGAUAUUAAUGGUGCUUUUAGCUGUUUCUUUAUUGUUUACUUAAUUCCUAGUUUUAUGCAUCUUGCCUGCUAUCACGGCUCUAACAAAUUUUUGAGAUCUAUAAGAAAAACUUUUGUCAAACCAUCCUAAUCUGAAAUGCAAUAACAAGAAAACCUGUUGGAUAACGAAUAAGAAUCAGUUAGCUACUUAGAUAGUGAUUAAGAAAAGAGUUUCUAAAAAGAAACAAAUGGACUUAGAGCUUAAUAAUCUUACUCUUGUAAUAGCCAUACUGAAGAUAUUAACAGUGUUCCUAAAACAGUUAGACUUUCAAUUUAUGCUGCCAUUUUAGUGGUUGGUUUUGCUAUCUUUAUUUAUGGUAUGUACUCAGUUAUAAAAAAUGCAAUAGAUGGUGACUCUAACUGA